AUGCCACAGUACACAUCCCGCGAUGGCGGCGACCCAUCGCAAAUCAGGAAGAACAAACAGAGCAUGGCCGAUCUGAAGCUCCGCAGGCUGACGGAGCUCAACUCGCGACUACGCGAAGACCUCGACCGGGAACGCAUCCCCGUGAGUGGGGCUUCCAAGAGCAUCAUUGCCUACUGCAACAGUACCAGGGACUACAUGGUGCCUAACGUUUGGGGCCCGGUGCCGAAAGGAGAGGACCCGUACGCACCACAACAGAGCGGCGGGUGCUGUAUAGUCAUGUAG